AUGAAGACUUUAAUUGUUUUUGCACACCCAGACGAACGUUCUUUCAACGGAUCUCUACUAAAGGAGACUGUCUCCCAGUUGGAAUCUGACGGUCAUGAAGUCAAAGUAACAGAUCUAUACAAACAACACUGGAAGUCCCAAAUUGACGAAGAUGACUUCCCUGUAACUCAUGAAAAGGGUAGCAGACUAGUGGUGGCAGUUGAAUCACAAAAGGCGUACAGUAGUCACCAUUUGACUCUAGAUGUUGUUGAGGAACAAGAAAAGAUGAAGUGGGCUGAAUUGGUAAUUUUCCAAUUCCCUUUAUGGUGGUUUAGUAUGCCUGCUAUCAUGAAAGGUUGGGUGGAAAGAGUAUUUUCAGCAGGGUUAGGUUAUGCACUUCCAGAUCGUUAUGGUGCUGGUGGGUUUGAAGGUAAGAAGGCAAUGCUAAUUGUUACUGCGGGAGGAGGUGAAUCUAAUUACAGUGCAAGAGGGAUCAACGGACCAAUUGAUGAUGUGUUGCACUUAAUUAACCAUAAUAUGUUGUUCUAUUCCGGGAUGACUGUGUUGCCAUCCUUUGUUACAUAUAAGACAGAUUAUGCCACGGAAGAGGUCUUCCAAAACUAUGCCGCCAAGUUAAGGAAUACUUUGAAAAAUAUUGAAACCAUUGAGCCGAUUAAGUACAGAAAGCAAAGUGGUGGUGAUUAUGUUAUUCCAGGUGGAAUUUUGAAGGAAGGAUUAGAAAGACCAGGUGAAACUGGGUUUGACAUGCAUAUUCAAAAGGAUUAA